AUGUAUUAUUUUGAAAACUGUGGAAGACCAAAUGAUCGUUCUAAGUGUCCAUUAUGUAAAAAUGACAUUGGAUCUGUCAAAGGUGGAUCAAUUCAAUUGUUAGUACGCGAUCCACCACAAAUACAACUAUCUAUUGCUGAUGGUUUUCAAUUAAUUGAUAAUUACAUAAAGCAGUAUAAUGAAACAAAUCGAUAUGGUUAUUACAUCAAUCCAAUGCAGACUGAGAAUUCUACUGCUAGUGAAACAAAUGAACAUUUACAACCAAUAACCUAUCGAUUAUUACAUAUGUUUACUCAUACAUUAAUAAUGAUGUUGUAUGAUCUGAAAUGCUUACAAUCAAUACGUGAUACACCUGAUCUAAAAGUGAAUUAUUUUCGAAAACAUUAUCUUAAAGAUUAUGCAUUAAUUAAUAAUAUAAUUGGGCAACAAAAUGAAUGUCACAUAUGGUUGUAUAGAAUUUUUAAUAAUUUAUCUAGUUUUUGUAUUGAUGGUGUAUUAGAUACGAAUAAGAAAGUUGUUGAUUUCGAAAAACAUAUCGAACAAAACGUUGUAUUGCCACAUAUAAAAUCGGUGUCUGAUGGAAUCCAACAAUAUAAAUUAGUUUACAGUGAAUUUAUACGUGAAAGUCAUGCUCAAUCACAAUUGAUCGACUAUAUAAAUGAACUAGUUGAAAAUGAAAAACAAUAUCCAUUGCUAAAUUUUUUGACUAUAACCAGAACAUGGUAUGGAUUAAAAUUAGAUGAUGUACAACUUGAUUGUACUCACAUCAAAAUCGACCGUACACAAUCUAUGGAACAAUUUUCCAAAUCAAGAAAAUUAGCAUUUUUCUUAUUGAAUCGAUCAACAGAUAAUAGUAGUUUCGAAGUACUUGGCUGUAUACAUACAUUAGCUAAAUUUCAAAAUAGCAUUAUAAAUUUCUGUAAAUAUAUAACUAUUUCACAAAUACUACAUGAGGAUAUUGAAAGAAAGCAACCAGCAAUCGAAAUACAAAAAAUUAAAAAGGAACAUUUAUUAGUAAUAUCGUCUGAAGUAAUUGAUACGAUAUUAAGAGAAGAAAACGGUUAUAUUAUUAAUUAUGAAUAUGGUAAAACAAAAGAAGUAAUUUAUGAUUAUGAUGAAAUUGAAACCAGAUUAUGUAAUAGAAUUAACCGUAUACGAUUGAUUGAUACGGAAAACUUCAAUUAUUUUAAUUAUCAAUUUGAAUUGUAUCAUCAAGAUGUAUCAUUAUUCAAUGAUAUACGACGAAACAUAAAACAAGAGCAAAUAUCAACUGAUGAAAAGGUCAAGCUCCAACAAUAUUUAAGGAAUACGAAAAUGGAUGAUGUACGACAGUUUUUAGGUUCAUUAGAUUAUGUAUUUACAUAUUUUCGACAUGCCACUGGCAGGCCAACAACAUCAACGCUAAAGAAAUCAGUUAAAAUUUUAAUACACAAUACUUCUGAUUUGCACUCAUAUAUUCUCAAUGAACAAUACCCAUUUGCAAAUAUUCCAUUAAAAUAUGUAAUAAAUUUAUAUGAGCUCAUUGAAGAAUUAGUAUUUGAUGAAGUAAUGAGAAAUUAUGUUAAACAAGAAUUAAUUACAGACGUAUGCGUAAAUGAAGAAGAAAAAGAAAAUAUUAUUGGACAGUUUGUAGGUUCGACAUAUAUGUUAGAUAAUAUUUCACAACAGUUGAAAGAUCCACGAGUAUGGUUGUCAGUAUUAAAACGUUUAAUUAUACGCGUUAUUACAGCAAAUAUUGAUUUGAAUGUCUCAAUGCAAAUUUAUAUAGAACGAACGGAUUUAUGGAAUGAAGAUUUAAUACAAUAUUUAGAUCUUAUUAAAAUUAACGAUAAUAUUUUAGUACGACAUACAUACGUAAUUUUGGAAGGCAUUGAAGCUAAAUUAAAGCAAAGCAAUAAUUUGAAUACUGAUAACAAAACUAAUAAUGAAUCAAUAAACAUUCGUGACUGGUGUCAAACCAAAACUGAAGACAUCAAUCGAUUAACAACAUUGACAGCACCUGAAGUCACAACAAUAGGAAACAAUAAGAAAAAGAAACUUCGUGUAGACUAA